UUCACAAUAAAUCGCAUUAUCGAUCUGUAACCAUGAGGAGUGAUGUGAAAAUGAAUACAUAUUCUAUUUAUCAAUUCAGAUUGAGAAGAUUAAGAUGAUUACAAAUAAUCUUCUCAAUUAUAAGUACUUUAUUAUUAAUUCAUGAUGAUAUAACAUUAAAUCCACUGGCUGCAUUCAUCAUGAAGCUUGCGGUGGUCUUCGCUGCGGUGAUAUCGUUAUGCUCCUGCAACGUUAUACCAGAGAUCAUUAAGGACAAUAGCGACUACAAAGAAGGUGUAAGCCGUUACGUAUGGUUGUCCAAAGAUAAUGGCGAGUUAGUUAAAGUAGAUAUACAAGAACCCGUCAUUGCUGAGACAGCGGGGAACAGGAAUGGAGCUAACAAUCAAUACUGGCUUUUUACAAGACAAAACCCCGGAAAUCCACAGUUCCUAUGGAACGGCAACGGUAAUUCCGUCACCGGCUCCAACUAUCGAGCGAACAGGCCUACCAACGUCAUCAUCCACGGUUGGACCAAUAACGGAAACUCAGUUAUCAAUACUUUCGUGCGAGACGCUUUGCUCGCUGUUCAAGACUGCAACGUUAUCGUUGUUGAUUGGAGUUCCAUCGCUGGUGGCUCUUACGUGAGUGCCGUUACUGGAGUGCCUGGCGUUGGGCAAGCUAUUGGCAACUUCUUGAAUUGGCUCAUCAGCGCUACCGGUGGCAACUGGAACAACAUCCAUUUGGUUGGAUAUAGUUUGGGUGCACAUAUCUCUGGUGUUGCUGGUCGCCAAGUCGGAGGAAGACUGGCGAGAAUUACUGGAUUAGACCCGGCUGGCCCUCUCUGGCAAACUAACUCCAAUAGACUAAGCAGCAACGCCGCCCAAUACGUGGAGGGCAUCCACACAGAUGGUGGCUUGCAAGGGAUAUUCAAUCCUGUUGGGGACGCGGAUUUUUAUCCCAACGGAGGGAGAAACGUCCAACCCGGCUGUGACGGUAGCGGCUGCUCCCACGCCCGCUCAUAUGAGUUCUUCGCAUCUUCCGUUCGCACGAACCAUUUCGUUGGCAGAAGAUGUACCAAUAUUAACCAAGCGCAAAAUGUACAAUGCACAGGAGCCACAUUCAACAUGGGCAAUGCAAUCAUGAACAAACGAGGAAACGGUCUGUUUGGCUUAAGAACCGGCGCUGCUUGGCCAUUCUAAUAAAAUUUACAAAAUUACAUUAAAUCUCUUUUAUUAAUGACUCCAUUUAGUUACUUCAAUAAGUCAUAAUUUUUUGCACUACACAGAAUGCUUUCUGUGGAACAUGUUUUGGAAAAAAAUUAAGGUUUAUUGUGAGUGCAACAAAGUAGUUUUUUAUUAUUUUAACUUUAAUCUUUUUUAUGAUAAAAGGGUGAAAAAUAAGCAUAAUUAUGGCCCACAUGAUGGUAAGCGGUCACAGUAGCCUAUAGUCUCUUGUGAUAUCAAAUAAAAAUAUAAUUCGCGCCGUUGUCUACCCUGA